CGACGUUUAUGAUGAUGAUGUUGAUGUCCCACACUUCGCACCGAAAAACCUAAAGCUCGACGCACACUUAUCCGUUCAUGUUGAUCGGGUCCGUCCGAACUCGCAACAUCGAAACGGCAACAAAAACCGAAAAUUCGAAAUUUUCAUUCCACCUCUGCCGUGCGUACAAUAAUAGCGUAGAGUGUACGAGCGAGCGAGCGAGCGUAAGUAGUUGGAAGCAGCGUUUCGCCUCAUUUCGUCGCGAGAUCCCGCUUCGAAAGCGACGACGCAUCAGCGGAUACUUUUCGAAAUAAUAUCGUUUGUUGAGCGAAAAAUCGCGCGCGACUCAGAAAAAAAAAACGUUUUCGAAAAUUCACGGCUCCGAUUCUGAGGCAUGUUCUACAGACGACGGUUCCGGAGACUUUUUUCUCGGUCAGAAGUGUUUUUCAGCGACGCGUACUGAGAGUUGGUUUUUAUUUUUAAUAAUCUGAGUGGUGGUCGAGCACCCUGGAGGGUAGUUUUUGCUUUUUUUUUUCUGGAGGUGUUUUUUCUAUUUAGUGUUCGUCCCGUUUAAGGAAUGUGUUUAGGUGUGAGUGAUGCUGUCCACGGCAUUGCUCAGUGAUAACGCUCUGUAUGCAACCGACCUAUGUGUAAAAAAUUAAAGCUACCAGUAAAGGCCUUUCAAGCAUUCCUACUUAUUAUGGUGAUUUGUCAACAGUGCAGCCUCAUCAACGGCCAACUAAGAUGUUUCGGGCCCGUAUGGAAAACCAACGUAUUUAAUAUCGACAAUGGCUUAGUCUACGUCAACAAAGUCAGCAAGCAAAUAUUCAUCAAUAAAAGUGAUUCGAGCGACUCGUUUCUGUACAAAAUCUCCACCCCAUUGAACGCGAAAAAACGCGGAUUUCAUCCGAAAUUCCAUCGGAAUCCCCUUAGGGCCGAGGAAAGUCAUGCUUUUUACCUAUUUGAUCCGCACACGAGGACCUUUAUUUGUUGGAAGAACGUGAACGGUACCAUGAGUGCUAUGACAUACGAGGAAAUCAACCGGAAUAACCGUUGGCACCUCUGCAAAUUCUCCGAUCACAUCCCAGAAGACGAACGUUACAAGAACACGUACGUGAACCUCCAAUUGGCCGGACAUCCGGGUACCACAAUGCGUUUCGACCGUAAAGGUCGAAUAAUACCCCACAAGCGGAUACAAAAAUGCCUGAAGAAGAACCGACACUUGGGCAGACAUUCGAAACGUUGCUUCGGCAGUAACAUUUUCUUACUGUACCACGAGAACAGCCACGAGGAUUGCUGUAGUGAGGCUUAUAAAGCGCUUUGUAAGGGUAAGACGCAACACAUGCCCGAGCUAAGGGAUAAGUGUCAGUUGGCGAGGAGUUGCGAGAGGAACCCGUGAGGGUGAGGGGGAGGGGAUUUUCUUUUUUAUAGCGCUUAUUAGAAAAUCAGGUUGCGCUUGCGUGGGUAGCGUUUGGCGAGGAGGUUUUUGGUUUGUUUGUUCUUGAGGGAUGAUGAGGUUUUGUAAUGUUGAGCAAGAUCAAGAUAGCACAAAGCAUUGGAGUGCGCUACUACAAUCAAGUUUACGUGCAAAAAUCUGGAGAUUUUUUAUAGCUCCUUAAAUAAUAUUUGACUAAAAUACCAGAAAUUAUGCAUUUUAUCUUAUUUUAAUUGUCACACCAUAUAUAUUGUUUAAUACAUUUUCAGUUUGUACCUACGUAAAGAUUCAAGAAAAUUAAGGGGUCACAUGGUGGUAUUCUUUGUAUAAGUAGUGCGUUUUCCAAAAAUUACGUAAAAACUUUUAAUUUCAUUAACAAACUCUAUAAUAUAGUACAUACAUCAAAAGUAUACAUUAUGAUUGAUACAGUUAGAACACAAUAGACACUAAGUGUCUGUGUGUCCCUAAGAUUUAGGAAUAAGGUUAUACCCAUAUUCAGAUAAUGCCAGAAAAUAAAUAGUUCACUGUUUUUUACCCAACUCAAAAUGGCUUUUUUUAUUCUGUGAUAAGGUUUUACUUUGAGGCAUUACAAAUGGUUCAAAAUAUUUUGCCGCUCAUUAUUUCUGGCAUCAAAUAUGUAACGAGUAAUCGCUGAUAUAACGGUAUACACCCGACAUCUAGAUUAUAAAAGAAUUUUUUUAUGAAUUAGGUAUUACAAAAUGAUAUACUUAAUGCUUUUUUAAUCAUUUUAUUUAUUAAAUGAUGUAAACUGAGCACUUUUUAAAAUUAAAUAACAAAAAAUUAAAUAAUAAAACAAAUAGUGGGGAUCUAGCUCUAAUUUAGUUAACAAAACUAGACGGCAAUAAAAAACAAAACCAAACAAAUUAAUCAGAGACUAAUUGAAUAAAUUAAUCUAAACUAUAAAAGCUAUAAACACCUCAGAUUUUUUAAAAAUCCACUUAGACCCAUUACAACAAGUAUUUCCAAAAAUGCCUGUACUUCUUAUAUGGUCAGAUGUAAAUUUAUUCAAAUAAUUGUUCCAAAAAAUUUUGAGUCACCAUGACUUGACAACGGAUUUUCAGACUAAACCUAAAAUAAAAUUAUAACCCUUAUAACUAGUAAAAUAAAUAGGAUAUAUUAAUAUACCGGGAUUAUGGGGCCGUUUUCCUCUAAAAAAAUAAAACUUGUAUAUCUUGUAGGUGGUGUAGAGAAAAUUCCUCAAUAUCUUCUUCUACUCCUAGAUCAUCGUCGUCACUAUCUAAGGAUCACAAUGUCUUUUGUAAAGAAUGUGGGUAAUUAGAGUCAGAGUCAUUGUCAGAAAAAUCAACAGGAUGAUUCAGUUUCGCUCUUUUCCUCGUUAACUUUGGUAUGUGAUUUAUCCAAAUCAAUCAAUGUCACCAAUAUCUGAAUUUUUGGUUUGCUCUCCUCGGUUAUUUUGGCCAAUUACUCUUCUUCAAUUAAAUGCUUUUGCUACUAUAUUUUUAUGUUCUCAAAACAUUUAAGUAUGUUACUUACUAAUUUAUUUUAAUUUACUCUGUAACAUACAAAUACUCUAAUAAAUACUGAACACUUUGUAUAACAUACAUAGGACACCCUAUUUACUACAUUUAGUAUACCAGCCUGUAUAACAGUCAAUUACUAAAUAAAUUCAGCAUUAUAUAUUAGGCAUUUUCAGCAAAAUGCUUUUUUAUAAUUAACUCAUUUAUUUAAGUCAAUAAUUACGUUCUAAAACUGUCAUCUAAUUUAGACUGAUUAUCAAUUAUUUCACAAUAAACUUACGAAUGAAACAUUCAAUACUAAAAUUAAGUUAAUCAGCAGACACUUCUAAAUAAUAAUUACCACUAAAAGUAACCAAAAACACAAAUUUUACUCACUUUAUAAGUCACUGAUAUGAUAUAUAUACAGUGUGUCCCAGAAUGAGCGAAUUUAUGCGUAAAAAUUUGCCUUGAUACGAGCACUUUUUAAAUUGUAUGAGUAGGUAAAGUAGUAUUUCUAGGCAAGAUAUAAAAAAAGUUUAUAAGAAAAAGUUGUUUAGAAUGUAAAAUUAGGCCCGAUUACUGAAUUUCAUAACCAGAGGCCUACUUUAACUUUUACGUUUAAAUUAUUUAUUAUUUUUUAUUAAAUAUUUAUUCUCACUUUUUUAAAAGUUUAAAAAUUAUUGCCCAAAUUGUUUAUUCCGAGCCAUUACCAAAUGACAGGGAAUUACCAAAAUAAAGCAUUAGAGAUGCUUGUAAUUUAAUUUCUAAAAUUAGAAAUUCUUUUAAAAUGUUUAGGAAAGAUAUUGAAAAAUUUGUCGAUAAUGGAGGUAGCUACAUUGAAUAAAUUUAGAAUAAGUAUAAAAUAAAUUUUCUUGUUAAAUUAGACGUACUAAUUACAAACAUAUUUUUUGAGGAUAACUUGUAACUUUUAGAUCAGUGAUUUAACUAUUAGAUAAAUAAAUUAGUAGCUUUCCUCCAAUAUUUAAAUAUGAAUAAAAAAAUUAAUUGGUACACAAAACGUAAAAAUCAAAGAAUGCCUAUUGUUAUGAAAUUCGGUAUUCGGGCAUAAUUUUGCAUUCCAAACAACUUUUUCUUAUAAACUUUUAUUAUAUCUUGCUUAGAAAUAUACUACUUUAAAAAAGUUCGAUUUUUAAAAAAUAAAAAUAUGCUAAAGUUUAUUUUUUAAUCAAGCAGGGCUGGAUGCCAAACGGUCAAAUUUCAACUACAAAAUCUUUUGUCAUUUUUACGUAUGAAUUCGCUCAUCCUGGGACACACUGUAUAUCAUACCACAAUAUGACGUACGUCUGCUCUCUUUGACUGAUAGAGGUUUGAUGAAACACUGAACGAGUGUUGCCAACUUGGGCAAAAUAGUACAAGUUUUCACAAAACAAUUGUACAUUUUUCAUUGGAUAUAAAUACUGUUAAUUAAUUUUUACGCAAAGACGUCGAAAAUAAAACAAGUUUUAUUUUGCAAUCGGUGUCUUCCCUCUUGUUUUCAGCUAAACUUAAACGUCAUCGAGUGAGUCGACUAAGUCGCAGUUUCGCUAAGCAUAUAUCUGUCUCUGUUUAUCGCAUAAGAAUAGAACGAGAUAAUUAUGACCAGUAUUGAUAUAUAUAUACACUGGUGGCCAAAAGUAGAUUGACAACUACUUAUUUUUCAAAUAUGUUUAUAUCACGGUUUAGGAAAUGAUAAAUUAGGUGGGACAGUACCUGACUAAAAAACAACGGAGCCUUUUUGUAAUGUUUCAUUAUAUUUAAACUAUUUAUUCGUAAUACCCAAUUUUAUUUAAAAAAAAAUUAAAAAACUAAACAAUUUUCAAGUGGCCAAAAUUAAAUUGACAAAUUCAAAGCUUACUAAAAUAAAAAUAAGUAUAGAAAAUUCAAAGGGUUUUAUUCAAUAAUGCGUUGCAUAGCCUCUAUUUCUUCUCACUUCCACCAACCUUUUGGGCAUUGACCUAAUUAAAUUGUCAAUAUAGGACGUGUCAGUGGAUAUCCAGCAUGCCUUCAAAGCUUCAAAAAAUUCUUGUUUAUUUUUGAAAUUUUUACAUCGGAUGUGACGACCAAUGUAAUCCCAAAUGUUCUCGAUCGCAUUUAGGUCCGGUGACUGUGACGGCCAUUUCAUAAUAUUAAUUUUUUCUUGGGUCAACCGUGUUUUUGCUCGUUAUCAUGUUGUGUGUUUCGGAUCGUUAUCAUGUUGAAGCGUAAGGUACCAUAACAUCCUGCAGUAUAUCUUUAUACAUGACACGAUCCAUCGUGCCUUCUAUCAAGUGUAGUGGACCCAUCCCAUAGCCCGAAAAACACCCCCACACUAUCACGGAACCACCUCCAUGCUUGACUGUGGGCACCGUAUAUUUGGGAUCAUACCUUUGGUUCACAGGACGCCUAACAUAUCUUUUGCCAUCCGAAUUAAUCAAAUUGAACUUUGAUUCAUCACUAAAAAUAACCUUUUUCCAUUGGGAGACUGUCCAGUGACUAUGUUCUCGAGCAAAGCUCAAUCGCGCCCGUACGUUUUUUAAACUUAGCAGUGGUUUCUUUGCAGGGCGUCUUGUUUUUAAAUCACUAUAUUGAAGUCUCCUUCUAAUGAUACGACAACUAACUAAACGCACAUCUUCUUCUUCCAAAUGCAGCUUGAUUUCUUUUGGAGUUGCGAAUGGGUUAAGUUUUGCUUUUUUCAAAAUUAAUUUGUCAACACGACUAGUGAUCUUGUUUGGUCGGCUAGUUUUUUUUAGAGGAACAACACUUCCACAAAGAUUAAAAUUUUUUAUUAUUUGACUUACUGUUGCCCUCAAAACAGAAAAUUUUCGAGCAAUAUCUGCCUGUUUAACCCCUUUCCAGUAAUCGUCGAUUAUUCGCAUCUUAAUAUUGAUCGAUAAAGUUAUACCACGUGGCAUUGUGGAUAUUUUGCGAAACUAAUAGUAAGGAAAGUCAAAUCAACAGAAACCAGAGACUGAAUAAAUAUGUUGUUUGUCAAUCCAAUUGUGGCCACCUAGGAGUCAAACAAAAUUAUUGGAAUUUGAUAAAAAAAGUAUUGAGAAAAAGUGCAAGCAAUAAAAAUCUAUGGAAUUUGUUUCUUCAAACUAUGUUGUUUACAUUCCUGAACACUAAUAAGCUCAACCGGUUUUUCCUUUGCUUCAGAUAAAAUAUAUCCAUAAAAAUGGAAUUUGUUAAUCUACUUUUGGCCACCAGUGUAUAUAAAAUAAAUGGUUUGCAUCAAUAUUCUUUCGCUUUUAGGGUUGUUAUUAAUUUUUGGAUGUACCGAAGCUUUGAUGCUGAUAUCAUACAUUUUUAAAUAUUUUUGCGCUUGUACUAAAAUAGUAUUUUUGGCGUACCGCUGGCAACACUGCAUUCAACGGUGUAACUGACUUAUCACGUGAUUCUAUUUUUGUUUCGAAAUAACGACUAAAAGUUUGAAAUGACACGUAUAUACCAACGACCGUUAAAAGUUUACUGCCUGGACGAAUAUUUUGAUUACUUCCAGGAAGUUGAGUGAAUUCAAUUAAUUCACGGUGAAUAUAUAAAAUUGUCGCCUAUUUUUUCAAAUAAACGUCAUUGUCUCCGAAUUAUUUUCCCAAGUUACUGACAAGGGACCAUUUUCAUUUAUAUUCUUCGACCACAGAAAGUUUUGACCAUGUUAUCUGCAUCUGGCAACCUUUUUUGGCUCCAUUAUUUUAAAUGUAUACAUUUCCUUGUGUCUGCUAAAAGAUGUUGAGAAGGAUAAUUUAACUACAAAAUGGUUGUUGAGAUGGAUAAUUAACUAACAAAAGACGUCGAAAAUAAAACAAGUUUUAUUUUGCAAUCGGUGUCUUCCCUCUUGUUUUCAGCGUUGCUAAACUAAAACGUCAUCGAGUGAGUCGCGACUUCGCUAAGCAUAUAUCUGUCUUUGUUUAUCGCAUAAGAAUAGAACGAGAACGAGAUAGUUAUGAUCAGUAUUAAUGUAUGUCUAAUAUGGUUUGCAUGAUUAUUCUUUCGCUUUCGGGGUUGUUAUUAAUUUUUGGAUGUAUCUACCCAAGCUUUGAUGCUGAUAUUUUUGCGCAUGUACUAAAAUAGUAUUUUUGACGUUCUAUUAUAAUAAUACGAUUGGCAACACUGUACUCAACGGUGUAUUUGACUAAUCGCGUUAUUCUAUAUUUAUUUCGAAAUAACGACUAAAAGUUUGAAAUGACACGUAUAUAUCAGCGACCGUUAAAAGUUUACUGCCUGGACGAAUAUUUUUAUUCGUCCAGGAAGUUGAAUGAAUUCAAUCAAUUCACGGUGACUAUGUAUAUAAAUUGCCGGAUAUUUUUCCAAAUAAACGUCAUUGUAUCCUUAUCAUUUUCCCAAGUUACCGACAAGGGACCAUUUUCAUUAAUAUUCUUGGACCACAGAAAGUUUUGACCAUGUUAUCUGCAUCUGACAACCUUUUUUGGCUCCAUUAUUUUAAAUUUAUACAUUUUCCUGUGUCUAUUGAGAACUAGUUUUAUUAGAGCUAUUUAUCUCAUAUUUCUGACUUCAUAAUUAAAUCAUAUUUUUUUUAUUUAUGAUUUUUUGUGUUUUUAUUGGAAAGACCUGAUUACAUUUUCAAAAGAAAAAAAAAACAAACAAAUUUCCACUGCAUGUUAAAACCUUUAAUUUGCUCGACGCGUUUCGGCUAUUGCCAUUGUCAAGAGCAGCCUUGCCAAUAUCUAAAAAAAUAAUAAAAUAAGAUAUAAAAAUAAAAUAUAACAAAGGACAAAACUUACGUCACUCGCAUCACAUUACAGGAGACAAUAGAGGCACUGAUUAAAUUUAUUUUAGAAAGAAAACAAAUAAAAAUACUGUUAACAUUAUUUAUCUUAGAAAUCAGGAGACCCUAAUCUUGUUAUUCUAAUGCCUUUUAUGGUCUGUUUAGUCUCAUAUAGUCUAGUGAGAGGUUGGUAGGUUUUAAAAGAAGGUUUAAAUUUGCAAAUGAAGCUAAACCUUUAAAAUGAAAUUCUUUAGUACCUUCAAAAUUACUGCCUAGCAUAUCCUAUCUGGUUUGGAUAAUACAGCAACCACAACUCAUAGUUAAACUGAUGUAGUGAGAUAUACAGUUCUAAGAUGCUGUGUCAAUCUUAGUCAAGUAUUUGAGUCAAUAUAUAAAAAAAACUUUCUUAAAGAUCAAGCAUCUGAUAACAAGUAAAUUUUAACAUGUUUCUAAAGCUUGCCUAAAGCUCAAAUAUAGGGUACCUAUUACCUAAAAAUUUUGAUUCAGACGAAUCAUUAUUCUCGGUGACAAAACGAACCAAUAGACUUAACCUCGUUGAACUAUUUAUCUAAAUAAUAAAUUUUAUAGUCCUCGCUCUAGAGACUCUAAAAAAUAUACAAGUUUUAAAUUGACUCCUUAAAUUUCUUGAAAUUUUAGGUAAAAUUCAUUAUAGAACGUCCCAGUUAAAAUAACAAAAUUACAUCCAUUUACUAUAUAAUAAAAAAAUCGGAACAUAGUAAAACCUCUCAUCCUAUACAUAUAUAGUGUCCAAAUUAUACUCGCUUAUUGGUGUUACGCUUAUUAUAUAAAACAUAUACAUAAUAUAGUCCAAUAAAAAUCAAAAACCUUUUCGCCAGAAUAACAAAUAUAAUUAAAGUAGCGUCAGUAUUCUAAUGUUUAAGUAAUAAAGCAUGUCCGGUUUUUAAGCUUUUUCCAGCCGUCUCUUUAAUGCCAUAUUAUAGUAAAAUAUUACCCACUAAGUAUUCCAUUGGAAGUAGCUUAAAAAACGGCCUUCGAAUGUAUAUGAUUGUACAAAACUACUUAUACUAAAAAACACAUUGCAUUUUAUACCAUAAAACUUAAUUUAUUUUUUAUUAUGAUUUUUUUUUGUAAUUUUUACCUUUUAAGUUUUCGCUUUUAUACCUUUAGGUUUGUAUGUUCUAGUAUUCGCGGUUCUUCUUCGGGCCUAUCGGUAUAAUUCGAAUGUUUCUAUUCCUUUUGACCUCCGUGAGGUGGCUUUUAUACAUAAUAUCCGGAACAUUUUUCUUGUAUAUUUAUUAUUUAUUUUUGUAAAUAUUUCCUCGGACUGUCGUUUAAAACGACUUUUUACGCGCAGUGUUUUUUUUUGCCAUAAACCGGAAUUUACACUUACAAGGAAAAACUUUAAAACUUUAUUCUAAAUGACAGUGUUUAUAUACCGGGUGUACACGAAACACCUGCGCAUCGAGAACAGGGUUUUUGUGUACAUUGGGCAGCUCCAUGUUUUAAUGGAAGAAUAAUAAACGGGGUAUUUAAAUAUUGCCAUAUACAGAAAGGGACGUAACUGUGUUAUCUUAAUUGGCACACCCUAUAUAUCAUAUUCGAUAACUCGUAAAUCCUUUUACUGAAGUAGUGCCCUACUUCCCAUCCAAUAUGUUAUAAUAUAAAGGGACUGUUAUAUAAAAUAACAAAUUUAGGCCCCCCUGUAUGUGGCUAAAGCUCUGUAUUCGAAAUAAUUGUGUACCAAAUAGAUUUCUUAGGUUAGAAUGUUAAGGACACAAUGCACUAAUAAAACGACUUCGUUUAAUAUGUCGCGCAUAUUAAAGUGAAUGUUAGUACGUCUCGUGCCUAAUUCCUUAACGUUUCUUAUUUUUUAAAAAAUGUCAAAAAAAUUUAAAAAGAAAACGGGGCUCCGCCAUUUUGUUUGUUUGUCUAAUUUUCGAUCCCAAAAAACCGUGUAACAAUAAUUUAAGUAAUAUAUUAUACGAUAUGUAAUUUUUUCUGUAAGUAAAUGUCACGGCCUCGCUCAUAUUGUAUGUAAUAGUUAUUGUAAUUCGAUGUAAGAUCUGCUAUAGAGAUGUGUCCUUAUAUUAUUUACAUUCCAACUUGUCGCAUAUUAUAUUAUAUAUUAUAUAUAUAUAUAUAUAAAUACAAAAUAAAUUUACUGAACAAUGAUGGUGAUGAUGAUAAUGUCUGUUUGCAAUAAAAAGAGUCAGUAACUGA